AACGGUACUGCCAAUGGUGGUGGACGUCGGAUACCCUGGUAACGGAGCCGGGGCUGGGCCGGACGCCUUCCUGGCCAUGUGGGGCUGCGGGGGUCGCCGGCGGAGGCGGCUCUUGGGGGGCGUCUUCCUGCUCCUGCUGGGGGCCGUCGUGGUGCGCAGGUAUUAUCCCUGCCUGCUGGUUCUUUCCAGUGCCUGCGGGGAUGAGGUGGUACAGAGGUUUAACUGGAGUGAACUGGUCCCCAUGCGGGUGUGGGGCCGGACGAUGGGCUUGCAGGCUGAAGACUCACAGUUCCUACUGGAAGGCCUGCCUUUUCGCAUCUUUGGAGGGUCGGUGCAUUAUUUCCGGGUCCCCCGAGAAUACUGGAGAGACCGCCUGCUUAAGAUGAAAGCCUGCGGCUUAAACACGCUCACCACGUACGUUCCGUGGAAUCUUCAUGAGGCAGCAAGAGGGAAGUUUGACUUCAGAGGAAACCUGGAUCUGCCGGCUUUUAUCAAGAUAGCUGCAGAAGUUGGGCUGUGGGUGAUUCUGCGACCAGGACCGUACAUCUGCUCUGAGUGGGACCUCGGUGGUUUGCCCAGCUGGCUGCUCCAAGACCCCAACAUGCAACUGAGGACGACCUAUAAGGGUUUUACGGAGGCCGUGGACGCGUAUUUUGAUCGCCUGAUGCGCAAAGUGGUCCAUCUUCAGUACAAGAAAGGGGGUCCAAUCAUCGCCGUGCAAGUCGAGAAUGAAUAUGGCUCCUACGCCCAGGACCCGAACUACAUGCUGUACAUCAAAAUGGCCCUGUUAAGCCGGGGGAUUGUGGAGAUGUUGAUGACCUCAGACAAUAAAGACGGACUGACCUCGGGCUUGGUGGAAGGCGCUCUUUCCACCGUGAACUUCCAGAAGCUAGAACCAAGUAUCUUGGUCUAUCUCAAUACUGUACAGCACAAAAAGCCGAUGAUGGUGAUGGAAUAUUGGACUGGAUGGUUCGACAGCUGGGGCGGCCCACAUAACAUCUUUGAUGCUGACGAGAUGGUGAACACCGUCGAGAAAGUCCUCAAGUCAGGCGCCUCGAUCAACCUCUACAUGUUUCACGGGGGAACAAACUUUGGCUUCAUGAAUGGCGCUCUGCAUUUUGAUGAAUACAAGGCGGACAUCACCAGCUACGACUAUGACGCGGUGCUGACCGAGGCUGGAGACUACACCUCCAAGUUCUUCAAACUCCGCCAGCUUUUCUCAAAGAUUGUAGGAGAGCCGUUGCCUGUCCCUCCUGUGAUUUCAACCAAGGCAUCGUACGGGGCCAUCUUGAUGCAGCAAUAUGUCUCUCUGUGGGAAGUGCUGCCAUCUCUGGUAGAGCCCAUAAAGUUGAAGCACCCAGUCACUAUGGAGAGCCUUCAGGUGAAUGACAGCAACGGGCAGUCCUACGGGUAUAUUCUCUAUGAGACCGUCGUACCAGGUGGAGGACGGCUGUAUUCCCAAGACCAUGUCCGGGAUAGAGCUCAGGUGUUUGUUAAUACCCAGUAUAUUGGCUACCUUGAUUACACAAUGCAAGACCUGCCAAUUCCUAACGGACAGGGGUACCGGCAGCUCCGGCUCCUAGUAGAGAACUGUGGGCGAGUCAAUUACGGACCUAUGCUGAACAACCAACGCAAAGGCUUAAUUGGUGACAUCUUUCUCAACCAAACCUCCUUGAGGAAUUUCAAGAUUUACAGCCUGGAGAUGAAACCUGGCUUCAUGGAAAGCCUUCGAGAGUCCUCCUCUUGGAGCCCAGUUCCAGACAGUGUGGAGGGCCCUGCUUUCUUCCGAGGAACCCUACAAGUGCAAUAUAUGCCUCAAGACACUUUCUUGAAGCUGGAGGGUUGGGAAAAGGGUGUUGUGUUUGUCAAUGGGAAGAACCUGGGCCGCUACUGGAAAAUCGGCCCUCAAGAAACACUCUACCUCCCAAAGACAUGGCUGCAUCAAGGAGACAAUGAGAUCGUGAUUUUUGAAGAACGUGUUGCAGGCCGGAUAAUCCAGUCCGUGGACUUGCCUUUCUUAGGAAGGACCCAUUAUGUGGACUGAGCCGGGCCUUUUAUCUGCCAUCCCCCCGCCCCCCGUCUCAGCUCCCAAUCGGUUCCUUUUCUAUGUUGUUUGUGGGUAUGCGUCUGAAACGAAUUUGGGGUCACAAGAUCUGGGGGCUGGCAGGGUCUGGUCUUCUUAAACCAGACGGACAUACAUGCCCCUUGCCAGUGAAUUUGGGAUGCUAACUCUAAAUACUUGAAGCAGGGAAGUCCAAAGCCUUUCCAGCGGAGCUCACCACUUCUGCGAAUCCUCUGACCUCGGCUCUCACAACGGUGCUGCGGAUCUGGCAAGGGAGCAAGUCGGCACGGGCGAUCAGUAAUCUGCCAGGUUGAAGAAGCUCAUCUCAGACUGACUGGAUGUGGACUGGACACCACGUUGUUUGCAGCCGGAAGAGAGAGAAAAACAUUUUGUGCAAUAGACCGACUGGGGCAUCCUGUGCUUUUCAGUCAACGGAACCCACUUUUACUGUGAAGGAAAGGAAAUCUCUUCUUCCAUUCUUAGGUGCCUGAUUCAGUAAUUGAUCUGGCUGGGUAGAAAAGUAGCUUCCAUGUUUUUUGCAUUAAUUCUAACAAGUUAAGCUGCGGGAUUUUUACUGUUCAAAAAGCCCUCAAAGAGCCAUGUGAAUGUUGUGUACAUAAAUGCUGGGGGGGUGGGGGGAGGGAGUGGGCAGGGACAAGAUGGAGUGUUUUCCUAGUUUUGAGGGCUUUCCCACAUGGGGAAAAAAACCUUCCUUGAACGUCCUUGGCCUCUCAGGAAGAGCACUGCACUAAGCUUUUCUCACUCGAAUACACGGUGCACAGUUUUAGUUUUAAUAUAGGAGACCAGUCAAAAUCUGACAUAUCCCCCUGGUAUGUUGAAGUCCUGUUCAGAACUAACACAACCACUUUAACCAGUGCUAGCUAUAUCUCUGGCAACUGGCAUACAGUCCUCAGUGGUGUUAUCUUUACUGGGCAAGUAUUUUCACUUAUUCUCAAAUGUUUGACAGGGUUUCUGGGUUGGGGUCCAGCUCAGCCAGGUCAGAUUGAAGCUGUCGUAAGACACCAUAACAGAGGGGAGUAUUUAUUUAAGGCAUGAGCUGCCCUCCCCUCCAGAUUCUUAGCCUGAGAUAGCACUUGUGGAGACAGAGGGCUGAAUCCCAUGAAAUUUUUGACUUUAGGUUGCUAUUUUUUUAAAAAAAAAUGCCUUUGAACUGACAUUUUAAAAGAGAGGAAUACAAAACAAAGAAGUAACAGUGUGUUCUCUCUCUCAUGCAUACACACACAGAGAGGCCUCUGUUUCUUCUCCUCCUCCCGCAAUGAGCACCCCCUUCCCCACAGAGAUUUAUUCUCAAGGCAAACAUUGCCGAUUCCCAAAGGCUCAAGAUUUUCAGAAGCUUAACUCAGUGCCUCUUUUGAGAAUAUUUUGUUCUAUUCCCUCCUUGCUAGAACAAGGUUCUCUUCUCUCCCUCCUCCCCCAGUCUUCCCACAGGGAGCUUUUAACCAAGUAUAUUUCACGGGUUCCCCUUUUCCUCCCGUGUCCUGCCCACGCACCUCUUCUGUCCAUUUUGGCACUUGACCUUCUAGCAGCCACUGAGGCUGACAAGGGCUUUGAUCUCUGCCUCCAAGGCUCCCUAGCCAGCAGACGCACACCAGCUGUUAAAAACCAUAUUUAAUUUUAUUUAACAAAUUAAAUACAGUUGAAUUAAAACUGAGAAUGGACAGUGCAGGUGGGAAUAUAGCCCACCCUCCCACCCAGUCUGUGUACCUUCUACUUGCUGUACCCCCUGCCCUCAAAGGCUUGGCAGAGCCAAGGCAAAGACCAGGUGCGUGCCUGAGGCCUUCCAUCAGCAGAGAGCAUAUUUUGCAAACUCCCCCCAAAAAGAGGGCUGGUAUUUCAGGAUGCGGCCUUUUGAUUGGAUCUUUAUGGUUUGCUGUUAUCUGGCAGGGUUAUUGUUGUCACCAAUAAAACAGACAUGCAAAUAAAAGAGGACAACCAUCGUCGGAAAGAACCCUUGUAUCAUAAGAGCUUGAGUCUUUUCUAAACGAAACACAAAUGCCUCUCUAUUCCCUUUGAUAAAAUAGAUCGGGGUUUGAGUGUUCGAAUGCUGCAGACUCUAGCUCUGGACCAAAGCCUACAUGCUUAAGAGGUUCCUGGUAUCCAGUAUCUACAUUUUGUUGCUGUAAUCGGAUUUUAGUUUUAAUGCAGUUUCAUUAAAAGUGAUGAUACACCAUUUCAGAAUUGGGACGAAAAAGUCUUAUCACAACUUGGGGGCGGGGGUGGGGGGUGGGUGAAAUCUCUCCAACUGAUAGUUUGAUGAAUAUGUCAAAAAAAUUAUAAAUCUACUCCCCCCCCUCCCAAUAAAUGGUCUCUGUUA